AUGCUUAGCGCCGCCAUUAGAGGAGAGCUCACCGAGACACCGGAAUUGAUCAGGCCUGAAACCAUCGAUCUCUCAAACCACAUUGAGAUCACCCAGCCUAUCAGCUCGGCAGCGGAUACCCGUGGCGAGCUGGAAGCCAUCAAACCGCUCCUCUGCCACACCCACGACCAGCAAUUCCCCGACACCUCGCGAAUUCCGCCUUGGAAAAUCGUCGUCAUCCCCAUCAAAACUGCCAGCGCCCCAUCGGCCCAAGCAUUUUGGCUCCUCUUCUCCUACUCGCACUCGCACGGCGACGGACCGUCCGGUCUCUCCUUCCACCGCACCUUCCUCUCCGCGCUGCGCAACCCUAGCGCCGCCGCCGCCGCAUCAUCAACCUCUUCCCUCAGCGCAUCGGACCCCAUCUUCCAUCCGCCGGCCAAGCCGCUGCUGCCGCCGGUCGAGCAAACCACCGAGCUGCCCAUCACCUGGCCCUUCCUGCUGCGGCCUUUCGUGUCGUCGUACCUGCCGACCAGCGUGCGCAGCCGGCUGCCGUCGUUCGGCUCCAAGCACCUCUUCUUCCGCGCGUCGGUGACGCCGCACCGGCCCGACGCCUGGACGGCGCUGCCGACGCGGUACGACGCUGGCGACUUCCGCACCGGAGUGGCCUUCGCCGUCGCGGACGGCAAGACGGUCGACGGCAUGCUGCGCCGCUGCCGCCGCCACCACGGCGUCAAGCUGACGGGCGCCCUACACGGCGUCGUCGUCCGCGCCCUCAGCGCCGCCCUGCCGCCCGGCCCGGACGCGGCCUCGUUCGUCGCGCAGACGGCCAUCGACCUGCGCCGCCUGAUGCCGCGCUUCGGCGCAGAGCUGGCGAGCGAGCGCAAUUGGGAUGGUGCCAUAGGGCUGUGCGUGAGCGUGGCGUACCACGCUUUCCCGCGGGACGAGGGCGACGUCGAGGCGAUAGGCGUGGACGGCACCGAGGACAUCUUCUGGAACCGUGCGAGGGAGUCGACGAGGGUGCUGGCGGAGAGGUCGAGCACGUUGACGGACCAGCCCAUCGGGUUGCUGAAGUAUCUGACUAACUUUAGACAGUGGCUCGAGGGGCAGGUGGGCAAGCCGAGGGAGGGCAGCUAUGAGAUUAGCAAUAUCAUGGCGUUCGAUCCGGCUGAGGGCGGUGAGAAGGAAGCCAAGGAAUCCAAGGGCUGGGAGGUCGAGAGGAUGUUGUUCUCUCAGCCGGCGAACGCGACGGGGUCGGCCGUCAGCUUCAACAUUGUUACGAGGAAGAAUGGCGAUAUGGUGGUCACGCUGACCUGGCAGAAGGGCGUGCUGGGGGUCGAGGGGGAUGAGGAGGUUUGGGCCAAGGGUGUUUGUGCUAGCUUGGAGAGGGGAAUGAGGGCGCUCUCGGGUGUGCAGUAG